AGAGAUCCCAACAGUAGAGCCCCAGCAGGGGACACCAGCCUGGGACCCCCCUGGCACCAGCACAGGCCCUGCUGGGUGGGACCAGGCUGGGGGAGCUGCCUUCCACCUCCUGCUUUCAGUAAUUCCUUGUCCAGACUGCACCGCCCUCCUGACGGGCACAGAGGGGGCAGGGGGAUGUGAGAAGGGUUAAAUUAAAUUUUGGAAUGUCUCUGUGAGGCUGAGGUCUGCUGGGCACAGGAACAUUCCCAGCAGGGCUGAGGGCUUUGGUGCCUGUCUCCAUCCCUUUCCACCCACCAGCCAAAAUCCAACCCAGGCCAGGGGCUGCUGCUGUGCUGGGGUUUGGGAACAUCAGGAGCACCAGGAGAAAUCACAGCUCCUGCUCUUGGCAUCCUCAGGGAAUGCUCCAUGCAAGGAAAAGUGGUUUUUCUCAGGGAAGGAUGGAUUUGUGCUCAGCUCUGCUAUCAGUCACUGCUCCUCCACAGGAGCAGGAUCCUGGACCAGGCAGUUUGGAAAUUCCCUCUGUUCUCCAUGAGCUUCUGACACAUCUGUUCUCUCCCCUUUCCCAUCUCAGCUUCCUCCUGGUGAUGGAUUAUUUUGGGAUCAACAUGGCCUCCCUCAACUCCUGCAUCAACCCCGUGGCUCUGUACUUUGUCAGCCGGAAAUUCAAGAACUGCUUCCAGUCCUGCCUGUGCUGCUGGUGCCAGAGGCCGGCCCUGAGCAUCACCCCCACGGAUGAGAAGGGCUCUGUUGGCAAGUGGAAAGCCACGGGGCAGGAGCUGGGGCUGGACCGGAGCAGCUCCCGCCUGAGCAACAAGUACAGCUCCUCCUAAAGCCGUGUCACUGUCCAGGACAAGGCACAGGGACAGCAGGGCCCCUCCGAUCCUCCCCCGGGCUCUCCCUGGCUGGGCCUGGAUCUGCUUUGCCGUCGUGUCCUCACCCAGCUGGAAGGAGCUGGAGCACUCCCCAGGACCUGCUCCAAGCCCUGACCCCAGAGGUCCCCUCAGGAGAGGGAAGGGCAUUCACAUCCUCACAGGAUUUUUCAUUUCCUCCCAGGAAAACCAAGGGACUUCUGGCCAUUGCCUCGGGGUGGAACGUGGGGUUGGGGGAUGCACGUGGGAAGGGAAGGAAUGGUGGGGUGGUCACUCUGUGGGGUGAGGAGGAGAGGGAGAGUGACAAUUCCCAGCUGUAAAAGCCAAGCAAAGCCUGGAUAAAUCCCUGUGAGGCACAGAGAUGUCCUUGUGGUCAUGUGGAGGUGGGAAAGGCAGUGGAGAAGGUCCAGUCUCAGCUGGAAGAGCCACUAGAGCCAAGUAAAAUGUGGGAAAGGGCUCUCUUGAAUUGAUUAUUGGCAAUAAUUCAUCCCCCAGGUGAUCUGCCAGCGAUUCUCAAGGCCAGGUUGGGCAGGGCUUGGAGCACCCUGGGAUAGGGGAAGGAGUCCCUGCCCAUGGCAGGGGUGGGAGGAGAGGGAGUGGAGGUCCCUCCCAACACAAACCAGUCUGUGACUGCAAUCCAUGUGAUUCCAUGUGACUGAGAAUCCAUGUGAUCCCAUUCCAAUGUUCUUGCCAAAACAUCCAGAAAAACUACAUCAAAAAGUUGUAUUUAUCAGGUUUUUGAUGAUUCUUUGCUGGUUUUCCCACAUCUCUCUCUUUUCCUUCUUUGCCCCUUCUACCUUGUCAUAGAAAAAAAUGGAGAGAGGAAAAGGGGAGAAGAGACGAGACCUGCAAUUAAAACAUUCUCCAGGUGUUGGGGUGGGCUUUUAGCUUAACUUUCACUGAAAUGUAAAUGUUUUACAAAUAAAUCAUAAAAGACAAAUGGGUUUCAAGGAAAACAGAGACUGAGUAAUAUCAAGACCAGUCCAUUUUCCCAAUGGGCUGAAAUGGAGCAGAAAUUCUCCCAAAUUUCCCAAUGUCUGGGAAACUUUCCCAAAUUUAGAAAAUUUUCCCAAAUU